AUGGAUAAAAUUUUGGGCGGUCAAAACGGGGAGGAAGGAAGGAAGAGAAAGACUAAGAUAGUAUGCACGUUAGGGCCACAGUCAAGGUCUGUUGAGAUGACUGAGAGGCUUUUGAGGGCUGGCAUGAACGUUGCUCGCUUCAACUUUUCGCAUGGAACUCAUGCUUAUCAUCAAGAAACCCUUGAUAAUCUUAGGACUGCCAUGAACAGUACUGGCAUUCUCUGUGCUGUCAUGUUGGACACCAAGGGACCGGAAAUUCGAACUGGAUUCUUGAAGGAUGGGAAGCCUGUGCAACUCAAGCAGGGUCAAGAGAUAGUUAUCUCUACUGAUUAUAGCUUAAAGGGUGAUGAGAAUAUGAUCUGCAUGAGCUACAAAAAGUUGGCUGAAGAUGUCCAGCCAGGGAGUUUUAUUUUGUGUUCUGAUGGCACUAUUUCACUAACAGUGUUGGCCUGUGACAAGGAAUCAGGAUUGGUCCGUUGUCGAUGUGAAAAUUCUGCUGUUUUGGGGGAGAAGAAGAAUGUCAAUCUUCCUGGAGUUGUCGUUGAUCUGCCUACCUUAACAGAGAAGGAUAAGGAAGAUAUCAUGAUGUGGGGCGUCCCCAAUAAUAUUGACAUGAUCGCCCUGUCCUUUGUUCGCAAAGGUUCAGACCUUGCAGAGGUCAGAAAGCUGCUAGGGGAUGAUGGAAAAAACAUCCUUCUCAUGUCAAAGGUCGAAAAUCAAGAAGGAGUUGCUAAUUUUGAUGACAUUCUUGCAAAUUCUGAUGCAUUUAUGGUGGCAAGAGGUGACCUGGGAAUGGAAAUUCCAAUUGAGAAAAUAUUCCUAGCUCAGAAAGUGAUGAUACACAAGGCCAACAUACAAGGAAAGCCAGUAGUGACUGCUACUCAGAUGUUGGAGUCCAUGAUCAAGUCUCCAAGGCCUACCAGAGCUGAAGCUACUGAUGUUGCCAAUGCAGUUCUUGAUGGUACUGAUUGUGUGAUGCUCAGUGGAGAAACUGCUGCUGGAGCCUACCCGGAGCUUGCUGUUCAAACCAUGUCCAGAAUAUGCAUGGAAGCAGAGAACUUCAUAGAUUAUGGGCAUCUUUUCAAGACAAUUAUGGCUACUUCUCCCACGCCCAUGACCCCAUUAGAAAGUAUGGCUUCUUCAGCAGUCAAGACAGCAAACACCAUCAAAGCAGCAUUUAUUUUAGUCCUGACCAAGGGUGGAACCAUAGCAAAGUUGGUGUCUAAAUACCGACCAAGCAUGACAGUUUUGUCAAUGAUCGUUCCAGAGAUUAGAACUGAUUCCUUUGAGUGGUCAUGCAGUGACGAAGCUCCAGCAAGACAUAGCCUUAUUUACCGGGGUCUUAUGCCUGUUUUGACCUCAGUGUCUGGAAAAGUCUAUCAUAGUGAGUCAACUGACGAGACAAUUGAGCAGGCCUUUCAAUAUGCAAAGAUGAAGGGACUGUGCAAGCCCGGAGACUCGGUUGUGGCAUUGCACAAGAUUGGCGCUGCUUCUGUGAUAAAGAUCUUGCAAGUGCAGCAGUGA